AUGAUGAUGAAUCUUAACUGUAAUAAUAUUGAAAAUGAAAUUGAUAUUGAUAAAUAUAUUGAAUUUUUAUUAUUAAAAGAAAACAAAGACGAAAAUGAAGGAAAUAAAUGUUUUGAAUUUUUAAUGAAAUAUUUAUAUCUAUAUGGCGAUAUAAUUGAACCACCUUUAACAAUUGUUCAAUAUGAAAGUAUUUUCAGAAUAAUUAACAAGCACCAAGAUAAUAACAGUAACAACAAAGAAUCAAUACCUAAAAUAGUUUGCGAUUAUGAAAAACGUAUUAUUUUAAAAUUCCCAAAUUACAUAAAAUAUAAUUAUAAUGAAGAUCAACAACAUCGAAUAAUAAUUAAACUAGUAGAUGAUUAUCUUUAUGGUUUAUCUAAUGAUCAAUGGGCAUUUUUUUGGAACAGUAAUGAAUAUUUUAAAUUUAUUGUUAACAAUGUUCAAGUAUUAGAUAAUAUUAAAAAUAGAUUAUCAGAUGAUAUUAUAAAACAUAUUAUAGAAUUUCAAACAAACAUUGAAAGGAAUAGAAAUUACUAUAAAGAUUUAAUAUUUUCAGUUUUAUCAUUUUAUGAAAUACUUGGUAUAAAUGGUUAUAGAAAAUAUAAACAUUCAAUAAUUCAAUUAUUCGAUAGUAACAAAGAUUCUGAUUAUCAAGUUUCAAAAUUUGAUCAACAAAUAAAUUUAAUCUCUUUUUUUAUUCAACUUUUAAAAGAUGAUAAUAAUAACAACAACAUCGAUAAUCAAGAUGAUAAUAAUAAUAAUAAUAAUAAUAAUAAUAAUAAUAAUAAUAAUAAUAAUAAUAAUAAUAAUAAAUACUUAUUAAAAAUAUUACAAUGUAGUGGUAAAAAACUUCAAACUAAAUAUUGUGAAGAAUUUCUAAAAGUUUUAAAACAACAUUACCAGCAACAACAUAAUUUAUUUAAUAGUAAUUUUUUAGCUAGAAGAUUACUUGAAAAUGGUAUAUUCAAUUUUAAAACAUACAAUACACUAAACUAUAUUAUAUCAGAGUCUGUAAAUGAAUCAAAUAAUAAUAAUAAUAACAAUACUAAUAAUAAUAAUAAUAAUAAUAAUAAUAAUAAUAAUAAUAAUAAUAAUAAUAAUAAUAAUAAUAAUAAUAAUAAUAAUAAUAAUAAUAAUAAUAAUAAUAAUAAUAAUAAUGAUAAAGAAAAUAAUAAUGAAUUAAAGAAAACUAUCUCUAAACAAUUGGUAAAAGUAUUUCAAAAAGUAGAAUUUAAUAAAUCCAUUCAAAUAAUAAUUGAAUUAUUGGACUUAAAUUAUUUUAAUUUUAAAAAUGUGAAUGAAAAUCAAAAUGAAAAUGAAAAUGAAACAAAGUUAUUUAUUUGUAAAUAUGUAAAAAAAUAUUUAAAGUAUUCAGAUACAUUAUAUUUUUCAAAAUUAAUUGAUUUAUUUAAAAUUCAAGAGGAAUUAGUUAUUAUUAAUAACAACAAUCAAGAGAAUGAUAAUAAUAAUAAUAAUAAUAAUAAUAAUAAUAAUAGUAAUAAUAAUGAUAAAGAAUCAACCAUUUUAAAUAUUUAUAAUUAUUCAUUUAACCAUUUAAAAAAGAAUUCAUUAUUAGAGAUGUCAAUUGAAGAAAUAUUCAAAUCCAUUGAAAAUUCACCAAUUAAAUGCAAAUUCUUUCAAAGUAAAUUAAAUUAUUUGUUAUUAAUUUUAGAUAUUGGUACAAUUGAUCAAUUCAUUUUACCAAUUUUUAAAACUCAAUGUCAUAAUUCAAUAAUUUAUUUAAAUAAAUCAAUUACUCCAUUAAAUAAUAAUAUUAAUAAUAAUAAUACUGAAAUUAAUAAUAGUAAUAAUAAUAUUAAUAAUAAUAAUAAUAAUAAUAAUAAUAAUAAUAAUAAUAAUAAUAAUCCAAUUAUACCAUAUUAUUUAAUUAAUAAUAUAUUAUUUUGGGUAAUAAAUGAUAAAGAUACAUGGUUAUUUCAAAAAUUUAAAAUUUCAUUAGUUUGUAAGAAAUUCUUUAAGAUUGUUUCAAAUCUUUUAAAUUAUAGUGCAACUGGUAUACCAUUCAAUUGCUACUAUUAUUAUUAUGGUUUAGAAAGACAAGGAUUAAAGAAAUACUCAUUAUUAGAACCAAUAAUUUCAAAUAAUUUAUCAAUUAAAGUUAAUCAUAUUCUUAGACCAGAUUAUUUCAUUCUCAGUGUUUUUAAAUCAUUGAAAACAUUAGAACUUUAUGGCAUUAUAAAUAAUGAUAUCAUUGAUAAAAGAAAUUUUCAACAAUUAAAACAACAACCACAACAACAACACCAACAACAACAACAACAACACCAACAACAACAACAACACCAAUACCAACAACAACACCAAUACCAACAACAACAACAACAAUAUGGUUCUUUAAAAAAUAUUUCAAUUAAAACUAGUUUUAUUGAUGCUAAAAAAUGUAAUAAAACUAUAAAUGAACUUGGUAGUGAUAACUUUAAUUUACAAUUAAAUUUACAAGAUGGGUUUCAAAUUGGUCAUGGUAUAAAUACUGAUUUCAUCUUUUCACUCUCUUUAGAAUUAAAUACUUUCUUUCAAUAUUAUACUUUAGAAUUAUUUUCUUAUAAAAAUUUAAAUCAAUUCUCAAUACUUGUAAAUAAAAUUAAUCAUAGUUUAGCAAAAACUUUUAAAAUUGGUAUACUAUCUUCAAAUGAUAAUAAAAAUAAUAAUAAUAAUAAUAAUAAUGAUUUAAUAAUUGGUAAUAAUAUUAAAAAUUUAGAAUUUAUUUUAACAUAUAAUGGUUCAAUUGAAAUUUUAUUUGGUUAUUUUGAAGGUUGUGUUGGUUUAGAAAUAAUUAAAUUCAAAUUUCAUAGUUCUGUUGACCAAAUUCAUCAAAGAGUAGUUGAUAUUUUUAAUUUUUUUAAAUUGAAAAUGUCAAUUUUUAAGAAUUUAAAUCAGAUUUCAUUUUCUGAUCAAUAUGGUUACUCUUUAGAUAUAGAUUGGUUAAAUAUUGAUACUUUACCUUUUAAUACCAUUUCAAAUUUUAAAUUCAUUGAUUUUUUAAAUAAAAAAAAAGUUUAA